AUGUGCUCUGGUCAUUGGAGUUCGUUCUUGUUGCAGUUUAAAAGACAUUUUCUCUUUCUUUUUUGUUUUUCUCUUUAUUUUUAUUUUUCCUAUUCUUUUUUUCAUUCCUUCUUUCACUUUUUUCCAUCAUUCCCUGCAUUUAUCGUUCCUAAUAAUUAUUUUAUUAUCGUUUUUUGUUUUCUUUCCUUCAUCAAUUCUUUUUUCAUCCUUUUCUUUCUAAUCAGUGUUUAUCCAUAUAUUUUCUGUUUGUACUUUUUCUUUUUCAUUCCCUUUCAUUCCCUAACUUCCUUUCAUUAUCAUGUUUCAUUCUUUUUUUUCUUCAAUUAUUUCUUUCAUUUUUUAAUCUUGUUUUUUUUUUCUUUUGUUUUGUCGUUUUUCUUCUUUCCCUACAUUCCCCGCCCUUUCUUAUUGUCUCUCUUUCUUCUCCAUUUCCUCCUCCUCUCUCUCUCUCUCUCUCUCUCUCUUCUCCAGUUCCUCUUUUUCUCUCUCUUCUCCAUUUCGUCUUUUACUCUCUCUCUCUCUUCUCCAGUUCCUCUUUUCUCUCUUUUCCAUUUAUUAUUUCCCUCUCCCUCUUUUUCUCAUUAUUAUUCCCCCUCUUUCCCAUUUAUUCUUUCCGCUUUCAUUUCCUAUUCUUCCGCCUUUCCAUUGAUCUAUUGUUAA